UAUUUAUUAGAAAUGGAUGACCUUUCCAAGCAAAGCAAUUCAUUGUGAGGGAACCACGGGGCCCAGUAGAUAGCUCAGAGAGUUAAAGAGCCAUUGAUUGGAAGUUCAAUUCCCCACUAUGCCUCCCAGAAGACCCACCUGUGUACUGUAUCUUUAGCCAAGGUGCACAGUCUCACCACGCUCCCAGAAAAGGGGGGAAUGGUAAACCUGAGUGCCCUGCUCUCCCCUGGAAAACGUCAGGAUCCAUUUGACCUACAAUUUGCUCGCUCCUGUGCCGUGCUUGAUUCUGCUUGUUUCAACGUAAAAAAAGCCCAACACCAUUCUGGUUAGUACAAGCUGAAUGUUUCAGAAGUGAAGAGCGCUCCGUGUAUUGAGCGUGGCUUCCUCGGAUUGCAAUUGCGGUGUCUCGCUUUCUCCACAAACGCGGCUCUUAACCCACGCCCUACUUUCCCAAUGUGUGAAACCGGCCGACCCGCAGGAUUCUCUCCUGCCCAGGCCUUUCGGGCGGACGCUGGAAACUCAGCCCACGCUAGGAGGCGACAAGCCAGGCUCGGGAGGUUAGACCAGCCGGGGGCCUGCCGCCUUGUUGGUCGCGUCUUUCCUCCCUUGCCGAGGCCUUCCUCCUCAGUCGUGAUGGCGCUGCACGGGGUGCGGGUGCUGGAGCUGGCGGGCCUAGCGCCGGCCCCGCUCUGCGGCCUCGUCUUGGCCGACUUCGGGGCGCAAGUCGUACGCGUCGAUCGCUCGCCCCGCACCGCCGUGGCCACGGACGUCCAGGGGCGCGGGAAGCGCUCGCUGGCGGUGGAUCUCAAGCAGCCGCUGGGUCCUGCGACGCUGAGGCGGCUCUGUCAGAAGGCAGACGUGCUGAUCGACCCUUUCCGAAUAGGUGUAUUGGAAAAACUGGGUCUUGGUCCAGAUAUUCUCUGUCAGGAUAACCCCAAACUCAUCUAUGCUAGGCUAACUGGAUUUGGCCAUGCAGGAAAAUAUGCCAAGAUGGCAGGUCAUGACAUCAACUAUUUGGCAGUGUCUGGUGUGUUGUCAAAACUUGGCAGAAAAGACGAAAAUCCUUAUGCUCCUAUCAAUCUUUUGGCUGACUUUGCUGGUGGUGGUGUUAUGUGUGCGAUGGGCAUCGUUAUGGCACUCUAUGAACGUGUAACAUCUGGAAAAGGGCAAGUUAUUGAUUCAAGCAUGGUAGAAGGUACAGCAUACUUAAGUUCUUUCCUGUGGAAAUCUCAAAACAUAGGCCUUUGGAAUAGACCUCGUGGGGAGAACCUGCUGGAUAGUGGUGCCCCUUUUUAUGAAACCUACAAGACUGCAGAUGGAAAAUACAUGGCUGUUGGUGCUCUUGAACCACAGUUCUAUGCGCAAUUAAUUAGUGGUCUAGGACUAGAUUCUCGUAAACUUCCCAGCCAGAUGAGUUUCUCUGACUGGCCUGAAAUGAAGAAGAUGUUUGCGGAUAUAUUCAUAAAGAAAACCCAAGCAGAAUGGUGUGAAAUUUUUGAUGACACAGAUGCCUGUGUGACACCAGUGUUGACGUUUGAUGAUGUUGCUUCACAUCCUCAUAACAAAGAGCGUGGCUCCUUUCUUAAAAACGAUCAGGAGGAGAUAAGUCCGAGGCCAUCCCCUGUUUUUUCCAGGACCCCAGCUACUCCUUCUUUCAAAAGGGAUCCUUUUAUAGGAGAGCAUACCAAAGAGGUCCUCCUGGAGUACGGUUUUACCAAGGAAGAGAUUUCAAAACUUCAUUCUCUCAAAGUAAUUGAAUCCAACAAUCCAAAAGCUAAUUUGUAAUGCACAACUGCAACCCAAAAAUCUUACACUGGCAAAUUAUAGUUUUGAGUCAGUUGGUGCUGUAGAAGGGGAAGUUUGGGACACUGUUCUGCAUCUCCUUCUUUUUCCCCCCAGAAGAUCAUUGAAAUGAUGCUAAUUAUUACUUGGAUUCUCCUUCCCCCUCCCC